CCAAAGAGAUAAUAACUCUGAAGUAGCUAAUAAGUCUUUUUUUUUUUUGGUGUGUAGUAGCUAAUAAGUCUUUGUAUUUUGUCUCAUCUUCGUCUUUGAUAGUUAAUGUUUCUGAUUUUUCCAAAUCAAUUGACGAAAUUUCAUUCACGUAUCAUUUUCCUAUCACUUUCUUUAUGUAACCUCGUCUGAAUUUUCUUUGGCUUUUCUCAUCGCAAAAUCCUCUUCUUCUUUUUUUGGCUCGAUUGUGAUUCUAUAACGUGUUCUUCUGGUUGCCACAUGAUUCAUUCAUUAUAAUAGAGAUUGGUUUAUGGACCACUUGCAAUGGAAAUUUAAUCGACACAUAUGUGUUAAUGGACACUUGUUUAAUUUGCUCAACUAACUCAAACAAAAUCUGCAUGAUAUAAAAAAAAUGAAACUGAAGAAUCUCUUGCCAGUCUUGUGUUUUUUCCUGUUAAGCUUUCCUGUUUUGUCUGCACAAAGAUGCGGGAAAACUGGUUUCUCUAUACUUGAUGAUACGUUUGAUACAAACCGUCGCCUUCUUCUCUCUUCUCUUGCUUCUAAUGCCUCAGAUCAAGGCGGCUUUUACAGUGCUUCGGUUGGGCAAGGAUCCGAGCGGGUGUACGCUGAAGGGUUGUGCAUACCAGGUGCUGAACCAAAGGAUUGCUCAAACUGUCUCAACCAUUCUUCUAAUAGCGUGAUUGAGAGAUGUCGUAACCAGACAGAAGGCCUUAUCUGGUCUGACGACGUGAUUCUUUGUAUGAUACGUUUCUCCAACCGUUUGUUUUCUGGAUCACUGGAGAUUGAACCAAGUUAUGAUCUGAUCGUUAAUGGAGAUAUACAAGUAAACUUGACCGAGUUUGAUAGAUCGUGGGAGGAUCUGACUAGUCAUAUGAUAGUUGAAGCUACUUCAUCGUCAUCUCAACGCAAGUACUACGCAGCUGAAGCAGUGUCUUUGACAUCUUUCCAGAAUAUUUACUUAUUGAUGCAAUGCACUCCGUUCAUAUCUUUGCGGGAUUGCAACACUUGUUUAACCCAAAGUGUCACAGACUAUAAAUCAUGUUGCUAUGGGAAGAAAGGUGGCAAUGUUAAUCGUCCUAGCUGCUAUUUCAGGUGGGAAAUUUAUCCCUUUUCUCAAGCUUUUAACAAUACUUUGUCACAUCCAGCUCCACUCCCACCAUCUCGUACACCUUCGGGAGGCCACAGGACAAACACGAACAAGAGAGGAAUUAUCGUCGGAAUCACUGUUGUUCUCGCCUUGGUGAUCAGUGUGCUGCUUGCUCUAGGGUAUGCUCUUUGUAGGAGACGAAAGGCGUCUCAAGAAUUUGCAACUGAAAAUGGUCAUAUUUCUCUUACAGGGAGCUCAAUGACGAAUUGCGGUACUGCACCACCAGAUGAUGCUGCAGAUGAUAUUGCAACAUCAGGUUCACUUCAAUUCGAAUUUAAAGCUAUUCAAGCUGCAACAAGUAAUUUUCAGAAGAGUAACAAGCUAGGUCAUGGUGGAUUUGGUGAAGUUUACAAGGGAACGUUUCCGAAUGGGAUAGAAGUUGCUGUGAAGAGGCUGUCUAAAACUUCAGGUCAAGGUGAACAUGAGUUUAAGAACGAGGUGCUUCUUGUAGCAAAGCUCCAACAUAGAAAUCUCGUUAGACUUCUCGGGUUCUCUGUCGAAGGAGAAGAAAUGAUACUUGUCUACGAGUUUGUGCACAAUAAAAGUCUUGACUACUUCCUCUUUGACCCUGUAAAGAGGGGUCAACUUGAUUGGAGAAAACGCUAUAACAUUAUCGAGGGAAUUACUCGAGGGAUUUUAUAUCUUCAUCAAGAUUCACGGCUCACAAUCAUACAUCGUGACCUCAAAGCGAGUAACAUUCUCUUAGAUGCAGAUAUGAACCCGAAAAUCGCAGAUUUUGGAAUGGCAAGGAAUUUCAGAGUGGACCAGACUGAAGACAAUACAGGAAGAGUAGUUGGAACAUUUGGUUACAUGCCUCCCGAGUAUGUGGCGAAUGGGCAGUUCUCGAUGAAAUCUGAUGUUUAUAGUUUCGGAGUAUUGAUUCUGGAGAUAAUUGUUUGCAAAAAGAGCAGUAGCUUCCACCAGAUAGAUAGUUCAGUAGGCAACCUGGUCACAUAUGUUUGGAGGCUUUGGAACAAUGGAUUAUCGUUGGAACUCAUAGACCCGGCCAUAGGGGAGAAUUAUGAUAAAGAUGAAGUCAUUAGAUGCAUCCACAUCGGGUUAUUGUGCGUUCAAGAAAAUCCUGCAGAUCGUCCAACCAUGUCCAAUGUUUUCCAGAUGCUCACUAAUAAUUCAAUCACUCUGCCCGUUCCUCAAACACCUGGAUUUGUCUUCACGGUCAGAUCCGAGCCAAACCCAUUAGCUGAGAGAUAUCAGCCUCGUUCGUCUACUGCCAUUUCGUUUGCUUGUUCCAUUGAUGAUGCAUCGAUCACGAGCGUCAAUCCUCGUUGAAAUUAGAGGUUAAUGAUAAUAUGUAGAUGAUCCUUUCGCAAGCCAAAACUCUAAAUAGUCACUCAUAAUUAAUGUGCAUAAAAAAUCACGUUUUGAUGAAA